AUGAAACGAAACACGGCGCAGUGCAAUCUGAUAAGAUAUGCGUUAAAAGAUGAUUAUGCUAAUCUGAUUGCUUAUGCGCAUGCAUAUCUCGAUUCGCUCAGUGCAAAAGUACUUGCUGAAGGCCAGGAGGAUGAGAUCUUCAGUGUUGUGCUAUUGUUAGCUGCGCGACAAUAUGAGCACUAUGCAAGGAAUCAAUCGUUGGCCGAUUCACGCGAACCAUUGCAGCUGUUUUUCUCGCUGUCAAGUUUGAUGGAACAGAUGCCAAUCCAAGGGGAUGAUACGAAAGCGGCAUGGAUAUUGUUGCUGGAUCGUUUCGAACGAUGGAUUGAUGUACGAACGAUUGAUGGAAAAUCGAAUGAUAUCGAUGAUACGCAUAUCCAGUUGAGGAGAAAAUUGACCUCUCAGGCUGGUUUUGGCUCGCUGCCUCGAUUUUACAAUCGAUUUCUGUUCACCGAUGAAGACCAAGUGGAGAAGUAUAUGGAAAAAUUUAUGGAACAGCAACAGCGAGAAAAUGAUCGAUAUUUGUAUGUGAAAAAUUUUAAUAGAACAACAAAUGAAAUUUCCAUGGAAGGAUUGAUUAAAGAGUGGAAAUGGCAUGAAAAUAUUCUUAGCUUGAAGGAUUUCAUGAAUGUUGUGGAUUUGAAAGUUUGUACAUCAUUGAUGCUCUCAACAAUCAUGUCAAUGUGUGCGCAAGGCGAGGAACUUAUCCCGGCAACGACAUUUCAGUUUCGUCUUGCAAAUCCAAUUUUGAACGUUAUCAGCCAAAUGUUCGUGCAGAAAGUUUCAAAAACUGCUGCAAAGAUUCAGAAUGAUAUUUUCUCACGAUACAUCGAAUAUUUUUUGGAUCCAGAAAUUUCACGGCAAUAUACGGUACGUGAAUGGUGGAUGCAUUGUGCCGCUGAUAUGCAUAUCAGUCCAUUGCUGAAGCUGCCAUUUUCGGAUUUCAGUUCGGAAAUUCGUGAACAGCUUGGUUCUUUUCUGACAUCGGUGGUAAUGGAAGCCUGCCAGCUACCAACAGAAUCACGACCAAUUUUUCUCAGUUUAACUGUGUAUUUCUUACAGACGCCUCCUCGUCCAUGGUUGGAUUGUGGUGAAGGUGGACCGUAUUACGGGUGCUGUUCAAAUGUUCUUCGAUUUCAUCCCGAUUAUCCAAUGAUUAAUGUAAACUACGAAAUGAGGAAACGGCUAAAAUCUCGAAAACAAGCCCGACCAGUUUUUGAUGCACUGAAUGAUUUGGGCAUAACACCGUGGAAAAUCAACGAACCGGUUCUUGAUGUUGCUCUUCAGUGUCCACUGGUUAUUUCAAUAAAUCAGGUUUUUGAAAUGGCUCGAAAGAAAGAAAAUGAGAAAUUCUUGGAGAAACUUGCAAUUCCGCUGCAUUCGGGCUGUAUCGCGAUCCCGGACUACACUGCAACCUUCGGGCGUAUGGAAGUGGAACAACUACCAGUUGAGGAAUGGAGGAAAUAUUCAAAAGCAAAAUAUGAGGCACUCAAAAAAAGAAAUGAAUUAAAUUCACUGUGGUGUUGGUUGCUUUAUCGGUUAACGAUGGCGAAUCAUUGCAAAGGAAAUGUGCUCUUUUUCCCGCAUAGUAUGGAUUUUCGUGGGCGAGUCUACCCAAUAACUCCUUAUCUUAAUCACAUGGGUGAUGAUUUGAAC